AUGAUUCUACGGCGGAACUUCGUGCAGCCUUUCUGUCUGCAAACUCAUCUGUCCCCGCGAAAAUACAGCAGCGCUGGACACACUCUUAUUUUCGAAUAUGUCUAUGAUCCCUUCCGCACAGAAGAGGAUAAAGACGGUCGUGUUACGGUUGCCGGUUUAGCAAGAACGUGUCAAGCGUUUAGAGACCCUGCCCUGGAUGUCCUAUGGGCUCAGCUCCACUCGUUGGAUGCACUCGUCCUCUGUUCCGGUGGGAGACGGGAUGGCAGUAAGAAAGCAAUAUGGGAUCGUGCAUUGUACGAUGCGGACUGGCGCAUUCUCGCGCGUUAUACAGGGCGCGUCCACACGCUCACAAUCUCACAUCGAUUGGAUACAUGGGACAUCACCACCAUGCAACUUCUAAGCUGUCAUCCUCUUCUGGGACCCCUCCUUCCGAACCUUGCAGGGUUGAGUUGGCUGUCUAACUGUGAAAACUUCUUCCCUUUCUUGCGUUGUUUCUGUGGGCCCAAUUUAACGACCCUCAGGCUGUCACCCACCUCGUGGAGUGUCCGCAAGUGUGCCGUUGUUGCAUCGCUUGCACCAUUGUGCCCUUUGCUUAAGAAAUUCUUAUGCAUUGACGCGGAAGAUUCGUCGAUGCAAGCAGUCAGCGAAGCAGUCGUGGGCUGGAAGAAGCUUCAAGUGUUGCUGGCUGGCCCUUUGAACGAACAGGCUUUGACGCACGCCAGCUCUUUGGAAACCCUUCAAGAGUUGCGUUUCUCUGUUUCAGAUCUUAAAUCCCCGGUGUUGGAACUUUGCUCUCCCCGUGCCGCGAUGACGAUCUCAACACCUUCACCCUCACUCUUUCACGCAUUCACCCCAAAUGUCCAUUUCUCGACUCCACGUCUGCGCCUUGUCUGCCAACACUACGAUGAAAAAUUCCCCAAAGAUUUCUUCUCGCGCCUAAAAUCAUGCCUCAUGCAUCCCGAGGAGCUUCUAGAGCUGAGGUUGGUUGUGACAACAAGAUCAGACGAGGAGGCAAGCAAUAGGUUGAUUGUGCUCGACACUCGCAUGUUGCAUCCGCUCCUGUCACUGAAGGGUCUCGACCACUUAGACCUUGGGUGUGCAUUCACGUUUAUCGAUGAUACUUUCCUCAAAGAGAUGGCCCUGUCUUGUCCACGCCUACAGAAACUCUAUCUGGGUCACCAGAGACACUGGUCCUUUAUUCCGGUGCUAACUUUUGAGGGAGUCACAUCUCUCUUAAUGCACUGCCGUCAGUUGUCCUCUCUCGGAAUUUUCUUCGAUGCCACUUUCAAAAGUGACACCAUAUAUAUGGCCCCGGUCGACGCAGUCAGUCCAAAAAUCACAGAGUUUCUUGUCGGUGCAUCUUGCAUUGAUGAUCCUGUGAAGGUCACAGCAGUACUAUCCUUUCUAUUUCCCAAUGCAACACACAUAGAUCAUUGCAUUCCCAAGAAAUCAUUUGGGCUGCUACAGGAAAGGGAGGCAAAUUGGGAGGCAGUAAAUAAGAUGUUAAACGUAUUUGUUUCAGCUCGGCAGCAGAGUUGGGGGCAGGGCUGGCUGGAGGGAAGGGCUGCGGUGGAGUCGAAGGACGCAGUAGUGUAA